ACUUCACGUUGACCAGGCGCUACAAACAGCCGCAGUAUCGACAAACGUUCACAAAACGUUUAGACGUAACAACCAUAGUGUCACUUCUCUUCUUAUUUCAUUAACUACAUCAUUCAAAACUUCAAUUUUCCUUCGUUUUUAGUUGUUUAAGUGUUAAGUGUUACCAUUAUUAUGUUAUAAUAUUAUAUAGUGCCGCAUAAUCGUACAUAUUUUGAAGCAAUUACGUAAUGGGAAUUAUGCUAGACAAGUUUAAAGUUUUGCCCUGAAAUUCAACAUGGCCGCUGACACAGGGAUGGAUACUUGCCCCAGUCCGGAAAUCACGGACUCGAGGAAACGACCGCUUGACGGUGACUCGGAGAAUGGAGAUGUUAAGAGAUCACACUUUAGCUCGGUGCAAGACUUGGUGACCGCGUUGCCACUGGCCAACGGCCAUGGCAAUAUUACGUCUCAUUUCGCCGUGGAGCCGACAUACCACUUCAAGGUGCUGGUGCCGUCCAUGGUGGCGGGCGCCAUCAUCGGCAAGGGCGGCGAGACCAUCGCGCAGCUGCAGAAGGACACUGGCGCCAGGGUCAAGAUGUCCAAGUCCCAUGACUUCUAUCCUG